GGAGGAGGAUGAGCCGUGGGGACCGCCCCUCUCUCUCUCUCCCUCAGAUAUAAAUAGGAGAGGGAUUUUUUUCUGCCUCCACUCACUCCUCCUGAAGGAUGAUAUCCCUGACGCACCUCAGACAUCACUCCAGGAACAAUGUGGAGGAAGACGGCAACCGCUCGGUGCGAAACUACCCCAAGAUGACAGAGAGCCAGGUGGACGUUGGGACCCAGACGGAGCCGGUGGUGGUUCUAUCUCUGGCUCAGGCCGCUGUUCUCGGUCUCAUCUCACAGAAUGAAAUCUUCGGGGCCACCAUUGCCCCCAACGGAUUCUACACCGGGGAGCCCAGGGAGUCCCCUCCUCCCCCGCCCGAGGCUAUGGACUACGAGUACGCCGACCAGCUGAUCGGAGCCAACGGAGACUACCUGCCUGAACCGACCGGAGAUCCUCAGGAGCCUCAGGCCCACUGCAGCGAGAGCAGACGAGCCGCGCCUCCUCGGAGCAACAAAAGACCCAGGAGCGAUGAAGAACCAGAGACUCCUCAACAGAGGGCGACGUGUCACCAAGCUCAGGUGAAGGAUGAAAGGCUAGAGUCUGAUAUACCGUCAUCCUGCACUCACGAAAUCAACAGGCAAAGUCCCGCCGCGUCGGAGAACCCCGGCACAACCCAACGGGACGGGGCUCUGAAGGACGAGAAGACCUGUGUAGACUGUUCCUCGUGUGUGAGAGACACACAAACUGAUGGACAACCAGAACAGGAAGCAGAGGAGGAGAAGGACGCAGCAAGAGACAGCAAAGUCGGAAAGGUGGAGGUGCCACGAGAAGAAGAAGAAGUAGAAGAGGAGGAGGAGGAGGAGGCGUUGAACCUCACGACGGCUCGUGAGAACGGCAGUCCUCUGGAGAAUCGCUACUACGACUCCAAGGAGACGGCCUACGAGUCUGCGGAGAUGCCUCUGACGGGAGAGUACGAGGACAACGGUCAGGCCAUGCUGUGGUCGGACCCCGAAGGUCUCGCCAGGCGAAUGCAGAUAGACCGACUGGACAUCAACGUGCAGAUCGACGAGUCCUACUGCGUGGACGUGGGCGAGGGACUAAAACGCUGGAAGUGCCGCAUGUGCGACAAGUCGUACACCUCCAAAUACAACCUGGUGACUCAUAUUCUGGGUCACAGUGGAAUUAAGACCCACGAAUGUCUCCACUGUGGGAAGCUUUUCAAGCAGCCCAGCCACCUCCAGACGCACCUGCUCACCCACCAGGGGACACGGCCUCACAAGUGCACGGUUUGUGAGAAGGCCUUCACCCAGACCAGCCACCUUAAAAGACACAUGCUGCAGCACUCCGACGUGAAGCCCUACAGCUGUCGCUUCUGCAACCGCGGCUUCGCCUACCCCAGCGAGCUGAGGGCGCACGAGAACAAGCACGAGAACGGUCAGUGCCACGUCUGCACGCACUGCGGCCUGGAGUUCCCCACCUACGCCCACCUGAAACGCCACCUGACCAGCCACGAGGGCCCCACCACGUACCAGUGCACAGAGUGCCACAAGUCCUUCUCCUACCACAGCCAGCUGCAGAACCACCUGAUGAAGCACCAGAACGUCAGACCCUACGUUUGUCCAGAGUGCGGAAUGGAGUUUGUGCAGAUCCACCACCUGCGACAACACGCCCUGACUCACAAGGGAAUGAAAGAGUUCAAGUGCGACGUUUGCUCCAGAGCCUUCACGGUGUCUGCUAACCUGAAGAGACACAUGCUAAUCCACACCAGCGUCAGACCCUUCCAGUGUCACAUCUGCUUCAAGACCUUCGUCCAGAAACAGACCCUGAAGACCCACAUGAUCGUCCACCUGCCGGUCAAACCUUUCAAAUGCAAGGUUUGUGAAAAGUCCUUCAACAGGAUGUACAACCUGCUGGGUCACAUGCACCUGCACGCGGGCAGCAAACCCUUCAAGUGUCCUUACUGCAGCAGCAAGUUUAACCUGAAGGGAAACCUAAGCCGACACAUGAAGAUUAAACACGGCAUCAUGGACGUCUCCAUAGACGGACAAGAACCCGCCCCAGACCCUGAGAACCAGGAGGACUACGAGGAGGAGAGCUUUGAGCUCAGCGAGAGGGAGAACCGCGCUAACAACAACAACACACCGGACAUUGGCAAACUGUCGCAGAUGGAGUAUUACAGCCCCUACGUCAAGGCUGAGGCGCGCUUCAACACUCCGUGAAUGAUUAGAAUCUUUGAUUUCUGUCUUUCUUUGUUUGUUUGUUUGACUCCUCAAGGUGAUUUUUGUUGUUCUUCAGGAGCAAACAUGAAAAAAAAAACUGGGCCCAAAAAACUGCACAUUUAUUCAUAUGCACUGGAAUAAGUGGUUUAUCUACCAAA